AUGCCCCGGGCCCAUCGGCCCCUGGGGGGGGCGGGGCGGAGCCAAGGGGGGGCUGGGACCCAGCCAGUCCCAGGCAGCGCCCGGCAGACACGCCCCAGAGCCAGCUGCACCGAGGGGGAAGCUCGGCGGCCGGACACCUCGUGCUGGGGCAGCCCUAUAGCCGAGAGCGGGGGGGCCAGCGGGGACCCCCACCUCCAGAGACCUCCAGCUUCCCCCAGGGAGGGGGCCCCCGCCGCCCCGUGCCAGCGCCCCGCCCUCCACCAGCAGCGAGCGGGACGCGGGGCCGGGCCGGGCCGGGCCUUCUUCAGCAGCCGGGCGCGAGUCCCCUUCCGCCACCAGCUGGACUCGGCCCCCGCGGCAUCGACUGCACCCGCUGACGGGGGGCCGCCCCCCGCGGCAUCGACACCGCCCGCCAGCCCCCCGCGGCAUCGACACCGCCCGCCAGCCCCCCGCAGCAUCGACGCCGCCCGCCAGCCCCCCGCAGCAUCGACUGCACCCACUGACGCCUGCCAGCCCCCCACGGCGCCCGCCAGCCCCUCAUGGCAUCGACUGCACCCACUGACGCCCGCCAGCCCCCCACGGCAUCGACUCCACCCGCCAGCCCCCCGCGGCACCCGCCAGCCCCCCGCGGCAUCGACUGCACCCGCUGAUGCCCGCCAGCCCCCCGCAGCAUCGACUGCACCCACCAGCCCCCUGUGGUGCCUGCCAGCCCCCCAUGGCAGACUCCACCGGCUGGCACUUGCCAGCCCCCCGCAGCAUCGACUCCACCGGCUGACGCCCGCCCACCCCCCACGGCAUCAACUCCACCGGCUGACAGUGGACUGGGACCCCCAGCACAAACCAGCCCCGCCCGCGACAGAGAGACGGACCCCUGGACACAGCCCGCGCCUACCGCCAGCCCCCCACGAGGACCCUGCAGCUGACCCCCAGCCCUGCAGAGGACUCUCGGCUGGGGGGCGAUAUGGGGCUGGACUCAGAGAGGGGGGUGUGGGGUGGCUCCUGCCUGGGGUUUUGUCGGGGGGGGGGGGGGGGGGGAGGGGAGGGGAGAUUGCACCAGCACGGCCAUAAAGGAGGGUUCAGAACUCAGUGGGGUUUGGUGUCUGACCAGGGGAUCCGGGAUCAGAACCAGUCGGGUUCCCCCCCGGCGCCAAUCCAGCCCCACAGCCCAGCUGGGGGCCUGUCGGGCGGGGCACUGACAUGCCCUAGAGGCGCUGGGCAGGGGCCGUGGCUGGCAGGCGAGAUCCUGGCGCCCAGCCCAGCCGGCACACAGAGCCGGCCCAGGCGGGGGAAGGGAGGCCGGGGGGUGGGGCAGCAGCUCCCUGCGUUACCCCCGCAGGGCCAGGGCGGAGCCCGCGGCUGAAUCCCCCCCCCGGCCCCCAUUUGCUCAGCCCAGCUCCCUGCCCCCCAGCCCUGCCCCCCAGCACAGGGGCUGGGAAAGAGCCGACAGAUACAGGGUGCAGGCAGAAACGGGGCAUGGCCUGCCCCAGAGGAACCCAGGAGUCCC